AUGAACCCCUCUGAGUUUCAUGGCUCCAAAGUGGAAAAGGAUCCUAAAGAAUUUGUGGAAGAGGUUUAUAAAGUACUUGAUAUCAUGGGGGUGACUUCGGUAGAGAAAGAAGAGUUAGCCGCUUAUCAAUUGAAAGGUGUUGCUCAAGGAUGGUAUAAUCAAUUGAAGAAUGGUAGGCCGGUAGGAGCGGGUCCCGUAGAGGGGGAAACAUUUAAAUCGGCGUUCCUUAAUAGGUUCUUUCCUCGAGAGUUGAGGGAAACUAAGGUGGAAGAGUUCAUUAACCUUCGUCAAGGAGGAGGUCUUCGUAGCGGUGGUAAUGGUGGUGGUGGCGGAGGUGGUGGAGGUAGUGAUGUUAGACUUGGUGUUAGAUUUGGAUUUGGCGAGGGUCAUGGAUCGGGUGAAAAUGAUGGAUUUGGCCAAAUUGUAGGGGACCUAAUUGGUGGUGGCGACGGUGGUGGUGGUGGAGGAGGUAGUGAUGGUGGAUCUGGUUUUGGUAUUGGGUAUGGUGAGGGUCACGAAUCCGGUGUAAACGAUGGUGGUGGAUGA